AUGUCGAAAACGGUCAAUAUCUCGUCACCGUCACAGUUCAACGAGGUGCUGCAGGGCUCCAAAUUGGUGGUCGCAGACUUCUACGCCGAUUGGUGUGGCCCCUGCAAGCAGGUAGCCCCAGUGUUCGAGAAACUCUCGCAGGACCUCUCACGCCCGAAACUUGUGACCUUCGUCAAGGUCAACACGGACCAGCAGAAGGAUGUCGCCCAGGCCUACCGGGUUACAGCCCUACCGACCUUCAUCGUCUUCCGCAAUGGCAAGGUUGCGGACAAAGUCCAGGGGGCGGACCCCAUAAAGCUCCAGGCCGUGGUCGAGAAGCUCAGUGCUGAGGUUCAGAACCUGAGCAUCGGCGGCGGAGAAUCGAGCGGCAGUGGUAGUGGCGGCGGCGGCGCCAGCUGGAGAGGGGCAGAUCUUCCCCGCGGUUACACCGACAUCACGGAUCAGGUCGAGCUGCGGUACUGCGAGCUGCUCAAUGUCGACCCAGACGGCGGAAGCGUGCGCGUGCUGUUUGACACGGGAAAGCCCAGCGCGCUGUCAGGAGGGAAGCCUGCCUCCAAGGACUGGGUCGAGAGCGACACUGACGAGCAGCUGCUGCUCUUCAUGCCCUUUCAGUCUAUGCUAAAGCUGCACACUCUUCAGGCAAGUCACGGAAGCGCACACGGCGACGACGACGAAGACGUCCCCAUGCGGCCUCGGACGAUCAAGCUCUUCACCAAUAAACCGCACAAUCUUGGAUUCGACGAGGCGGAGGAUUUGAUUGCGACACAAGAGUUCGAGCUCUCGGAGGACGACUGGAAUGCCGAGGGCACUGCCAAUAUCCCUUUGCGAUUCGUCAAGUUCCAAAACAUCACUAGCCUGGUUCUGUUUGUCGUCAAUGGAGACGGCGAUGGCGAGAAGACCAGGGUGGACCGGCUGAGGUUGAUUGGGGAGACUGGCGAGAAGCGGGAGAUGGGCAAGCUAGAAAAGAUUGGCGAUGAGCCUGGCGAGUAG